AUGAAACUAUACACAUUCCUGCAAUGCAUUGCUAUUUCGGCUUGGGCUAUCUCGCCAGACAAUGCCGCUACCAAGGCCUACAAGACACGCCGCAAGCUUUCCAAAGACCCAGAUUGGCCAAACCGUGAAACAUGGGAGGCAGCACUGGCAGGUGCGACACCGAUCCAGCAGAACUCUACGAUUCCUCUCCCGGAUUAUCGAUUCCGUGCACACUCUAUCAAAGACGUCCAGGCUGCCGUACGGUUUGCUACCGAACACAACGUCCGCCUCGCUGUUAUCACCACAGGGCAUGACCAGCUUGGCCGCAGCGACGCUGGGUCAGGUCUUCUACUCGAUCUGUCCUUUCUGAGAGGCAUUAAGGUUCGCGAAUCUUUUACUUCGACUGAGAGUGGUACAGACAGGCUUGACCACACGGAGGAGCGCAAUGUAAUCACUCCACUUCCGGGGGUUCAAGCUGCUGCUACGUUUGGGCCGGCGGCAGCUGGGCUCUAUCUCAACUACGCACUCGAUUCCUCAGGCCUUUUCACCGUGAGUGGAGCUGCAGCUACCGUGGCUAUAGCUGGAGGAUGGGGCCAGAAUGGCGGCUACGGGCCGCUCACCCCUCAAUACGGGCUCGGCGUCGACCAGUGGCUGGAAGUUAAAGUGGUUACACCUGACGGACGGCUUCGUAUCGCAAAUGACAAAAUAAACAGUGAUCUCUUCUGGGCUAUACGUGGCGGUGGCGGCAGUCCAAACUCGACUGACUAUGAAACUGGUCGGACACCAGUGAGUGAAGCUAUGGAGUACCUAUUUUCUGAGCUGCCAAGUCUUCAAGAGAAGGGCGUCACGGCUUACAUUUACGCCUCGCCGAGCAGCGUUCGAUGUUACGCUAUUCAUCCAGCAGACCGUUCUGGCGUGGCGAAUGCGAACGCCGUGUGGGGUCCGAUCUUGUCUAAAAUGCAGGCAUUCCCCGGUAUGAAACCUUUUCAGUCGCGGCCUUAUGACUUUGUCGACUACAAGGACCUCUUUGACACGACUUACGGCCCGCUUCCAAACCCAGGAGAUGAGCCCGCCCCGCCUUACAAUCGCGGCAUCGUCCCCUUUGACAGUCGGUUACUCGGCGCCGAGCACUUCCGCAGUCCCAACAUAACCUUUGCGCUACGUGAAACCGGAGGCUACUAUGGUAUUCUGGUUUGCUCGCCCGGCGGUAGAUUCGGGGAUGGAUCUGAGACGUCAAACAACCCCGGAUGGCGGAGAGCUGUCGCACUCGUCGUUGGCUUUAAGACGAACACCACCAACGUGAACGGGCUCCGGGCUCUUGCUCCUGAUAUGGGCACAUAUAUCAACGAGGCGAGUACAGGACAGGAGAACUGGGCUUCGGCAUUCUGGGGCAUAAACUACGCGCGCCUGUCUGAGAUUAAAUUUGAGAUCGACCCGAAUAUGACGUUCUGGACCAGUCCCGGAAUCCAUGCCGACCGCAUGGAAGUGGUCGAUGGGCGUGCUUGUCUCAUUGAACCCCCAUCCGAGGGAACGUCUUUAUCCCUCCACCAACCGACAGACAUAUUAUCGCGGACCUAG